AUGGAUAGCACCAUCGCUGAUGUCACUUCCACCACCAGUGACCUCACUCACCAGAACUCAGCCACUGACGUCUUGCAUUACAUCACCUCUGCCCCCUCUGGCACUGCCAUAGGCCCCACUACUGCCCCCAUGGCCACAACCACUCCCACUCCCACACCCACACCCACACCCACUCCCACUCCCACACCCACACCCACACCCACUCCCACACCCACACCCACAACCACUCCCACACCCACUCCCACACCGACUCCCACUCCCACACCCACUCCCACAACCACUCCCACACCCACUCCCACUCCCACACCCACUCCCACAACCACUCCCACACCCACUCCCACACCCACACCCACACCCACACCCACUCCCACUCCAACACCCACACCCACUCCCACAACCACUCCCACACCCACUCCCACACCCACUCCCACACACACACCCACUCCCACAACCACACCCACACCCACACACACACCCACAACCACACCAACACCAACACCCACUCCCACUCCCAGAACCACACCCACACCCACACCCACUCCCACACCCACACCCACUCCCACACCCACACCCACACCCACUCCCACGGCCACAACCACUCCAACUCCCACUCCCACAACCACUCCCACACCCACACCCACACCCACUCCCACACCCACCCACACACACACACCCACACCAAAACCCACUCUCACUCCCACACCCACACCGACACCCACUCCCACACCCACUCCCACACCAACACCCACACCCACAUCCACUCCCACACCCACACCCAUUCCCACACCCACACCCACACCCACACCCACUCCCACACCCAUACCCACUCCCACACCCACACCCACACCCACACCCACACCCACACCCACACCCACUCCCACACCCACACCCACUCCCACACCCACAACCACACCCACACCCACUCUCACACCAACACCCACUCCCACACCCACACCCAUUCCCACACUCACACCCACUCCCACACCCACACCCACUCCCACACCCACACCCACUCCCACACCAACACCCACUCCCACACCCACACCCAUUCCCACACUCACACCCACUCCCACACCCACACCCACUCCCACACCCACACCCACUCCCACACCCCCCACUCCCACACCCACACCCACUCCCACACCCACACCCACACCCACACCCACUCCCACUCCCUAACCCACCCCCACACCCACACCCUCACCCACUUCCACACCCACACCCACUCCCACACCCACACGCACACCCACACCCACACCCUCACCCACUCCCACACCCACACCCACUUCCACACCCACACCCACACCCACACGCACACCCACACCCACACCCUCACCCACUCCCACACCCACUCCCACACCCACACCCUCACCCACACCGACACCCACACCGACACCCACUCCCACAGCCACUCCCACUCCCACACCCACUCCCACACCCACACCCACUCCCAAUCCAACACCCACACCCAAUUCAACUCCCACACCCACACCCACUCCCACACCCACAUCCACACCCACUCCCACACCCACACCCACACCCACUCCCACACCCACACCCACUCCCACACCCAUACCCACACCCACCCCCACUCCCAUACACACACCCACACGCACACCCACACCCACACCCUCACCCACUUCCACACCCACACCCACACCCACACCCACACCCACUCCCACACCCACACCCACACCCACUCCCACACCCACUCCCACACCCACACCCACACCCACUCCCACACCCACACCCACACCCACACCCACUCCCACUCCCACACCCACUCCCACACCCACACCCACUCCCACUCCCACACCCACUCCCACAUCCAUACCCACUCCCACCCCCACACCCACACCCUCACCCACUUCCACACCCACACCCACACCCACUCCCACUCCCACACCCACACCCACACCCACACCCACUCCCACACCCACACCCACACCCACUCCCACUCCCACAUCCACUCCCACAUCCAUACCCACACCCACCCCCACACCCACACGCACACCCACACCCACACCCACACCCACUCCCACACCCACUCCCACACCCACACGCACACCCACACCCACACCCACUCCCAAUCCCACAACCACACGCACACCCACACCCACACCCUCACCCACACCCACACCCACUCCCACUCCCACACCCACACCCACUCCCACACCCACACCCACACCCAUACCCACACCCACCCCCACACCCACACGCACACCCACACCCACACCCUCACCCACUCCCACACCCACACCCACUCCCACACCCACACCCACACCCACACCCGCUUCCACUCCCACUCCCACUCCCACACCCACACCCACACCCACACCCACACCCACACCCACACCCAUUCCCACACCCACACCCACACCCACUCCCACACCCACUCCCACACCCAUACCCACUCGCAUACCCACACCCACACCCACACCCACUCCCACAUCCACACCCACUCCCACACCCACUUCCACACCCUCUCCCACACCCACACCCACUCUCACACCCACACCCACUCCCACACCCACAUCCACACCCACACCCACACCCACUCCCACACCCACACCCACUCCCACACCCAUACCCACACCCACCCCCACUCCCAUACACACACCCACACGCACACCCACACCCACACCCUCACCCACUACACCCACUCCCACACCCAUACCCACACCCACCCCCACUCCCAUACACACACCCACACGCACACCCACACCCACACCCUCACCCACUUCCACACCCACACCCACACCCACACCCACACCCACUCCCACACCCACACCCACACCCACUCCCACACCCACUCCCACACCCACACCCACACAUACAACCACACCCGAUCCCACACCCUCACCCACACCCACACCCUCACCCACUUCCACUCCCACAUCCACACCCACUCCCACACCCACAGCCACACCCACUCCCACACCCACACCCACACCCUCACCCACACCCACCUCACCCACUUCCACACCCACACCCACACCCACACCCACUCCCACACCCACACGCACACCCACACCCACACCCUCACCCACUCCCACACCCACACCCACACCCACUCCCACACCCACACCCACACCCACACCCACACCCACUCCCACACCCACACGCACACCCACACCCACACCCUCACCCACUCCCACACCCACUCCCACACCCACUCCCACACCCACUCCCACUCCCACACCCACUCCCACACCCACACCCACUCCCAAUCCAACACCCACACCCAAUUCAACUCCCACACCCACACCCACUCCCACACCCACACCCACACCCACUCCCACACCCACACCCACACCCACUCCCACACCCACACCCACUCCCACACCCACCCCCACUCCCAUACACACACCCACACGCACACCCACACCCACACCCUCACCCACUUCCACACCCACACCCACACCCACACCCACACCCACUCCCACACCCACAACUCCCACACCCACUCCCACACCCACUCCCACACCCACACCCACACAUACAACCACACCCGCUCCCACACCCUCACCCACACCCACACCCUCACCCACUUCCACUCCCACAUCCACACCCACUCCCACACCCACAACCACACCCUCUCCCACAACCACACCCACACCCUCACCCACACCCACACCCACACCCACUCCCACACCCACACCCACACCCACACCCACUCCCACUCCCACACCCACUCCCACACCCACACCCACUCCCACUCCCACACCCACUCCCACAUCCAUACCCACUCCCGCCCCCACACCCACACCCUCACCCACUUCCACACCCACACCCACACCCACUCCCACUCCCACACCCACACCCACACCCACACCCACUCCCACACCCACACCCACACCCACUCCCACUCCCACACCCACUCCCACACCCACACCCACACCCACCCCCACACCCACACGCACACCCACACCCACACCCACACCCACUCCCACACCCACUCCCACACCCACACGCACACCCACACCCACACCCACUCCCAAUCCCACAACCACACGCACACCCACACCCACACCCUCACCCACACCCACACCCACUCCCACUCCCACACCCACAUCCACACCCACACCCACUCCCACACCCACUCCCACACCCACACCCACACCCACACCCACACCCACCCCCACACCCACACCCACACCCACACCCACACCCACACCCACUCCCACACCCACACCCACUCCCACACCCACACCCACACCCACACCCACUCCCACUCCCACUCCCACUCCCACACCCACACCCACACCCACUCCCACACCCACACCCACACCCACUCCCACACCCACACCCACACCCACUCCCACACCCACUCCCACACCCACACCCACUCGCAUACCCACACCCACACCCACACCCACUCCCACAUCCACACCCACUCCCACACCCACUACACCCACACCCACACCCACUCCCACACCCACUCCCACACCCACACCCACACAUACAACCACACCCGCUCUCACACCCUCACCCACACCCACACCCUCACCCACUUCCACUCCCACAUCCACACCCACUCCCACACCCAUACCCACUCCCACCCCCACACCCACACCCUCACCCACUUCCACACCCACACCCACACCCACACCCACUCCCACACCCACACGCACACCCACACCCACACCCUCACCCACUCCCACACCCACACCCACACCCACUUCCACACCCACACCCACACCCACACCCACUCCCACACCCACACGCACACCCACACCCACACCCUCACCCACUCCCACACCCACUCCCACACCCACACCCACACCCACACCGACACCCACACCGACACCCACUCCCACACCCACUCCCACUCCCACACCCACUCCCACAACACCCACUCCCACACCCACUCCCACACCCACACCCUCACCCACACCGACACCCACACCGACACCCACUCCCACAGCCACUCCCACUCCCACACCCACUCCCACACCCACACCCACUCCCAAUCCAACACCCACACCCAAUUCAACUCCCACACCCACACCCACUCCCACACCCACAUCCACACCCACUCCCACACCCACACCCACACCCACUCCCACACCCACACCCACUCCCACACCCACACCCACACCCACCCCCACUCCCAUACACACACCCACACGCACACCCACACCCACACCCUCACCCACUUCCACACCCACACCCACACCCACACCCACACCCACUCCCACACCCACACCCACACCCACUCCCACACCCACUCCCACACCCACUCCCACUCCCACACCCACACCUUCACCCACACCCGCACCCACUCCCACACCCACACCCACACCCACUCCCACACCCACUCCCACACCCACUCCCACACCCACACCCACACAUACAACCACACCCGCUCCCACACCCUCACCCACACCCACACCCUCACCCACUUCCACUCCCACAUCCACACCCACUCCCACACCCAUACCCACUCCCAACCCCACACCCUCACCCACUUCCACACCCACACCCACACCCACACCCACACCCACACCCACACGCACACCCACACCCACACCCUCACCCACUCCCACACCCACACCCACACCCACUUCCACACCCACACCCACACCCACACCCACACCCACUCCCACACCCACACGCACACCCACACCCACACCCUCACCCACUCCCACACCCACUCCCACACCCACUCCCACACCCACUCCCACUCCCACACCCACUCCCACACCCACACCCACUCCCACCACACCCACACCCACUCCCACACCCACUCCCACACCCACUCCCACACCCACACCCACACAUACAACCACACCCGCUCCCACACCCUCACCCACACCCACACCCUCACCCACUUCCACUCCCACAUCCACACCCACUCCCACACCCACAACCACACCCUCUCCCACAACCACACCCACACCCUCACCCACACCCACACCCACACCCACUCCCACAACACGCACACCCACACCCACACCCUCACCCACACCCACACCCACUCCCACUCCCACACCCACAUCCACACCCACACCCACUCCCACACCCACUCCCACACCCACACCCACACCCACACCCACACCCACCCCCACACCCACACCCACACCCACACCCACACCCUCACCCACUCCCACACCCACACCCACUCCCACACCCACACCCACACCCACACCCGCUUCCACUCCCACUCCCACUCCCACACCCACACCCACACCCACUCCCACACCCACACCCACACCCACUCCCACACCCACACCCACACCCACUCCCACACCCACUCCCACACCCAUACCCACUCGCAUACCCACACCCACACCCACACCCACUCCCACAUCCACACCCACUCCCACACCCACUUCCACACCCUCUCCCACACCCACACCCACUCUCACACCCACACCCACUCCCACACCCACACCCACACCCACACCCACACCCACUCCCACACCCACACCCACUCCCACACCCACACCCACACCCACCCCCACUCCCAUACACACACCCACACGCACACCCACACCCACACCCUCACCCACUUCCACACCCACACCCACACCCACACCCACACCCACUCCCACACCCACACCCACACCCACUCCCACACCCACUCCCACACCCACACCCACACAUACAACCACACCCGAUCCCACACCCACACCCACACCCACUUCCACUCCCACACCCACACCCACUCCCACACCCACAGCCACACCCACACCCACUCCCACACCCAUACCCACUCGCAUACCCACACCCACUCCCACUCCCACACCCACACCUUCACCCACACCCGCACCCACUCCCACACCCACACCCACUCCCACACCCACUCCCACACCCACACCCACACAUACAACCACACCCGCUCUCACACCCUCACCCACACCCACACCCUCACCCACUUCCACUCCCACAUCCACACCCACUCCCACACCCAUACCCACUCCCACCCCCACACCCACACCCUCACCCACUUCCACACCCACACCCACACCCACACCCACUCCCACACCCACACGCACACCCACACCCACACCCUCACCCACUCCCACACCCACACCCACACCCACUUCCACACCCACACCCACACCCACACCCACUCCCACACCCACACGCACACCCACACCCACACCCUCACCCACUCCCACACCCACUCCCACACCCACACCCUCACCCACACCGACACCCACACCGACACCCACUCCCACACCCACUCCCACUCCCACACCCACUCCCACACCCACACCCACUCCCAAUCCAACACCCACACCCAAUUCAACUCCCACACCCACACCCACUCCCACACCCACAUCCACACCCACUCCCACACCCACACCCACUCCCACACCCACACCCACUCCCACACCCAUACUCACACCCACCCCCACUCCCAUACACACACCCACACGCACACUCACACCCUCACCCACUUCCACACCCACACCCACACCCACACCCACACCCACACCCACUCCCACACCCACUCCCACACCCACACCCACACAUACAACCACACCCGAUCCCACACCCUCACCAGACGACAAAGAAGGGAGGAGGAGUGACAGAGGCCAGGCCUGCGGCCCAGGCUGCAGGAUCCUUGGACCCAAUUACUUUCUAGGCCCUAGUGAAGGAGCUCGCAAAAUCUUGUGA